AAUCAGAUAAGCAGAAUCUAGUUUUGUCGUCAUAGAGCUUUAUAGUUUAUACAUCAUUCCUAUUGGUUUCUUCUUCUCCUAACACUUUGAGCCUUGAAGAUCAACAACGUCGAGAGUAAUGGCUUCUCUAUGUGCUUCUUCUGCCAUCGCCGCCAUUUCUUCUCCAAGUUUCUUGGGUGGGAAGAAACUGAGGCUGAAGAAUAAGGCGAGUGUUCCGGCUGUUUCCAGAUCGGCUGCGUUGGUGCGCGCCGUCGCAGCUGAUCCCGAGAGACCAAUUUGGUUCCCGGGAAGCACUCCUCCGGAGUGGCUCGACGGUAGCCUCCCUGGUGACUUCGGAUUUGAUCCUCUUGGUCUUUCCUCCGACCCGGAUAGUCUAAAAUGGAACGCACAAGCAGAGCUAGUCCAUUGCAGGUGGGCAAUGCUCGGCGCCGCCGGGAUUUUCAUCCCGGAGUUCCUAACAAAGAUCGGAAUCUUAAACACUCCGUCGUGGUACACGGCGGGAGAGCAAGAGUAUUUCACGGACAAAACCACACUAUUCGUCGUAGAGCUCAUCUUAAUCGGAUGGGCCGAGGGACGUAGAUGGGCCGAUAUCAUAAAGCCCGGUAGCGUCAACACUGACCCCAUAUUCCCAAACAACAAGCUGACGGGUACAGACGUGGGAUACCCGGGUGGGUUAUGGUUCGACCCGUUGGGUUGGGGAUCCGGUAGCCCGGCUAAGAUCAAGGAGCUGAGGACCAAAGAGAUCAAGAACGGAAGGUUGGCUAUGUUGGCAGUGAUGGGUGCAUGGUUCCAACACAUCUACACUGGCACUGGUCCUAUCGAUAAUCUUUUUGCACAUCUUGCUGAUCCUGGUCACGCCACUAUCUUCGCUGCUUUCACACCCAAGUGAGACAGCAAAAAAGAGAGGAUUUGGGAGGAAGAAUGCGUUUGUGUGAUCAUGUUUGUACAAAUAUCGUUUUUGAACUUAAAACAGUAUUAUGUAUUUAUAUAAAUUGUGGUCGAAUGCAAAUUAGGGUUCGCCGUAACGCUGCUCUUUUCCUGACUAAAUGCUCAUAGCUUGCUUCUACAUUAA